CAGAAAUUGGCCGUCUUAUCUCCUUAUCAGUGGCCAGGAGUUCUCGAUUUGUGCACCGUUUCCUUAUUUCGACUGUUUAAAGCAGGCGCCCGCACGUUGAUGUGUGUGUUUGUAUGAGAAGUUCGGCUGCAGUGUGUCUCUUUCCAGCAGAGUGCAGGUUAAGCUUGAAGCACUUUUCACGAACGCGCGCGCAAGAGAGAGAAAGAGAGAGCGACCCACUGCGUUGCUCGGAGAAAGUGGGAAAGAGUGUGCGCUGCUUGGAAGGGAGAGCAUUUGUCGCUUGCUCGCUCGCACGGCCAUCAACCGACUAUACACGCAUCACCGUAUCGGCCGUACGCGAGAGGACGCAUCGAGCGCAAACACGAGCACGGCCAGUUGUUCCCAUCAAUACGUACGGUGCGCGCAGCGCGUGUGGUAAGCAGUUCCCGUGUUCCGGCGAAAGGCAGAAAAGUAAAGAAACGGAAAAAAACAGGCAGUGGCGGAGUGUGUUGCAGCGCGACCACCAUUAUCACCAAUCAAACGUUUAUCAAUAAUAAUUUCAACUGCGGCCCGAUUCCGCACGGUGAUGCGCCUUAUAUAGGGAAGAUUUUUCCAACUAGCGGCCGAAGAAAGUGCGACGAUUUUUCUCGGGGAGAUUUUUUUUUUGUAUUAAAGUGCACGCGCGCGCGUUUGUCGGUGUAUCGUAGUGUGCGUAUGUGUGUGUUGCGCAGUGUGGAAAGCUGCCCUGCAAGAACUGGGGCCCUGCGUGAGGCCGGACAGAAGGUGCCCCAUUGUAGUGCGGCUAGACUGGUACACUAAAAAAAAAAAAAAACCGGACACCACAGAUCAAUCGAUCCCAACAGGACAGUUUCUGCAAGAAAUGGCAGUCCAUCAAUCCCCAUCAGCAGACACGAUGACCUGACAAAACACCGCCAUCACAACAGACGUAAUGCACCUGGCACGUUGAACGUCCACAUUUUUGCGAAGGAACCACGCCACGCAAAAUAGCCGCGGUGCAACACACAGCGAGAGCCGAUAGGAAAACAAUUAAAAACACAGCAAAAGAGCCGGUGAAGGUAUUUCGCACUAACAGCAAGCGGAAGAAGAAAGAAAACGGCGCAAACUACAGCGGCGCACCAUUGCAACGAAACACACCGACGCGGCCGAAGCGGCGGCUACACGCUAAAGUGCAGCACAAAGGUUAAUGCGCGGACACGGGACCGCAUAAGCGAGAGAGCGAGGGCGUACGGUCGCGAAAGCAGUAAAACUUCGAAUGUGAACGGGCGCUCGGGAGUAUAUCGCGAAAGCCACUCCACGGGCAAGCAUCAGUCGUUCUGUGGGUGCCGUAGCGCGCACCGGGAUCGUUCGGUUCUGCCAAAACUCCCCAGCAGCGAGCAGUGUAGGUGUUUGGAAUUUGUGUUUGAGGCGGUCUUGCCAACGGUUUUUAGUGCGGUGUGUGAACAUUCUCAACGGUACACGGAAAGGGGCUAGCGAAAAGGACACAGCAUCGAAUAAACGGCAGUGCACAUGCAGCAGCAAUACACGGCCCGGCAGCAGCAGCAGCAGCAGCAGCAGGAGAAUCGUUCGCUUUGCACGGAGAAGUCGUCGGCCGGUACGUCGCUGUCGUUGCUACGAUGCGAAAGCUAAGCCUCAGCACGGGCGCAGGUAUGUCAAGACAAUCGAAAAGUGUACCGCAGGCGAAGAAGGUGAUGCCACCGGCCGUCCCCGACAUGUACGGCAAGAUUGGGCUGAGCAAUGGUAACGGAGGCGGCGGUCCACCGACGGCAGUGAUCUACGACACGGGUGACGGUGCGGGUCGGAACGGUGGGACGGCGGUGGUGGCCGGUACGGUCAUACUGGAGCAUCACCAUCAUCACCACCAGCCGCAACUGACGAUGGAGCCGGGCGGAACUGGUGGCAAUGGAACGGGCCCGCUAACUACUGCCGCCGGUGGUGGUGGUUCAACCGCCGGGGCCGGCCCGGCAGGUGGUACGGUUGGUGGUGUAGGUGCCGGCAGUGUAACGACAGCCGCCCCGUCCAGCCUGAUGUUGCGCUGCGGCCCGGACGGUAUCGUCGAUUACGGUUUGGACGAUCAGGGCAUCGACCUGACGCAAUCGCCCGGCCGAGACAGUCCGGUUUCGCUGUCCGGGUCGGCCGGUUCCGGCUCGCGCCAUUCAACGGCCAGCUUGGAUUCGGGGCGUGCCUCUUCCUAUCUCACCGGUGCUUCCAACUCGUCCAAUCGCAGCGUGAGCGGUGUCGGAAGCUACGGCGUACUGUCGUCGCCACGCUGCUCCGUCAGCUCGUGCUCGAUCGGCUCGGGUAGCGGUGGUGGCCCUACCGGCGGGGCCGGUGGGUGUAGCCACCGCCUGAGCAACCAUUCGUCCAGCGGCAGCCGGACCGAUCACGAUGUCAUCUCGGAGUGGCUGAUGGAGAUCCACUUCCACGAGUACACGUACCUGUUUCUCGAGGCCGGGUACGAUCUGCCAACGAUCGCGCGGAUGACACCGGAAGAUUUGACGGCGAUCGGCAUCCGGAAGCCGAACCAUCGCGAACGUUUGAAGCGGCACAUUGACGCGCUGAAGCUGCCGGAUGCGCUGCCGGGUUACGUGCCCGGUUCGAUCGAUGAGUGGUUGCGGUUGCUGCGUCUCGAGGAGUAUGUUCAGCCGCUGCUAGCCCAGGGCUACCAGACCGUCCACGACGUGACGCAGCUCACCUGGGAAGAUCUCGAAGACAUCGGCAUCGUGAAGCUGGGCCAUCAGAAGAAGAUACUGCUCGCGAUCAAGCGCGUCAAGGACAUCAUUAGCGGGAAGAUGAUGGGUGGUUCCGCUGGUUUGGCCGCUUACGGCCUGUCGCCGACGAUUGCCCGUUCGCCGGCAGGGGGGGUUGGGCACGUACGCGCACAUUACGACGAUAUGAGCAUCGGGCUCCGGUCGGAUUCGUCCAAGCAGCAACACCAGCACCAUCUAGCGGUGGCGGGCUCGUACAGUACCUUUCUGCGGCAGCAGUCGGUUCCACCGCCACCGUCAGCGGCGCUGGCGACGGCCGGUACCAACGGUGAUCCGGCGCACCAUUUCGGCCACAUCACCACGAUGCCAUCGCACCACCAGAUGAUAACGUACCCGCACGUACACUUUGACGGUACGCAGGCGAUCUAUCGGCGCAGCUCGUACGAUGAUAGCGACAUCACGCCGACGAACGAAAAGUCGUCAUCCGCGCUGUUGGCGCUGGCGGAAGACCAUCAUCAUCACCGUUUCGUUGGGUCGCAGGGUGGACAGCAGCAGCCGAGCUGGAUGCACCAGCAGCAGUUCGUCCAGCAGCAUCAGCAGAUGGUGCAGCAUCAGCAGCAGCAGCAGCAGCAGCAGUACUUCCAGGGUGGCGGCACACUGCCACGGCAGCACCAGCGUAACAACUAUGGCGUCCGGUUGGCGCUGCUCGGCGGACCACAACCCACCGCAACGACCGUGGGUGGUGGGCGCGGUCUCACUGUAAACCGGCCGAUCGCCAAGAUUGUGGCCAACAACCUGAAGCUUCCGUCGCCGGCACUGGACAGUGGUACGACCGGUGGUGGUGGUGGUGCGAUGGAUGGGGGGGACGGUGCGGAACAGGCUGCUUAUCCCGUCCCGAUGCCGAUGCCACCGCUGCUCGGACAGAUCGAAAACGUCGAGAUGGCCACGGCGGCCCUGGACGCGAUGCACUUUGCCAACUACACCAGCUCGCCUUAUGCCGUCCAGCAUCAUCACCUGCAUCACCACACGCUGACGCUGGUGGCGAAGGACACCGGUACGCCCGUUGCAGGCAGCCCUGCCGUCUCUGCGGUCGGCGCACAGCAACAGCCGCCACCCAUCUACCACAACCACCCAUCCAUGCUGUUACAAUCGCACUCCCAGCAGCAGCUACUCCACCAUCACGCGUCCACCUCCUCGUCCACCCAGUCGACCCCGUCGCCACCGACGCUUAGGCCGGGCGGGGUGGUCGGUGUUGGGGGGCCGCAUCUUCCCCACGCGUACGGGGGGUAUGCCGGCCAAACGCUGCAAACGACCGUCGAGGUGCACAAGGUGUGCGGUCAGCACGACAACAAAUCCAACUCGAGCCUCGAAUCGAUCGAUCAGAUACCGUUCGCGAAUGAGAAUGCCGGCACGAUAAAGCAGCGUUCGUCGCUAAACCGGAUGGAGCAUCACUACCAGGCGGGCGUCCCGGCACAGCAGCAUCCACUGCUACUGCACAACCUUUCGUCGUCCUCUUCCUCGUCCUCGUCGUCGCUGACCGGUUCGAUCACGACCACGCUGGCGACGGGCUGCAUACAGCAGCAGCUCUCAUCACCAUCGACCACCCAGCCGGUACCGGUUGCAGCAACGGCCGGUUGCGGUAGCAGCAAUCCAACACCAACGCCCUGUGCGGCGUCUACUGGGCCGUCGGCUGCACCAACCUCAUCAUCGACCGCUACUGCGGCCGUACAGCCGGCCGCUGUACCGAGCGCGGCAAACGAAGACGCAUCCACAGCAGCAGCAGCAGCAGCAGUAACUUCCUCGCAGGACAUCUACGGUACCAAUGUGCUGAACGAUAUCGGCAACAUGCUAGCGAACCUCACGGAUGAGCUCGACGCCAUGCUGGAGGAGGAAAAGUGUGCCGGCAUCAGUGAUAAUGAGUAGGGAGCCGAGCGUGCGUAUGAAGGGAUGUCCAGCUGGAGGACACUUUUACUUUUUUCUUUAUUCUUUAUAUCGAUGUAUGUGUGUGUGUGUGUGUGUAUGUGUGAUAAAGCGUCCGGUACGUGUGAUAGGCAGGUUUAUAAGUGGCUCAUAUUACUGGGGGGGACCCACCCCCCGGCCA